CACUGGCGCUGGAGCACAAUGGCUGUCGCCUGUCAUCGUUAGCAGCCCCAGCCACUGAAGCUGCCAAAGCGUUUGUUUAUUUCCCAUUUUCCGGCGGUUUUCGCGAAUUUUCCGGGAAAUCGGGCCUCACCCGUCGCUAGUGAGGGCGAGCCGUGGCUACGCCCCCUUUGGAUCGGCGCCCUGAGCCCCGAUGCUCUAACCAACAAUUCCUCAACAUUGCAAGACUCCUCUGGGAGUUCCGGUGUCGCGUGUGGUUUCAGGCGGGUGAACGAUGGCUGAGGAUGGGAUCGAGUGGCUGAAGGAGAUCCUGCUGGACGUGCAGUUGGGCCAGUUUCUGGUGCCCCUCAGGGACGAUUUGCUGGUCACGCGAUUGGAGCAUUUCGAGUUCGUUAAGCCGGAGGAUUUGGAGAAUAUCGGCUUGAGCAAGCCGGGCGCCCGACGCCUCCUGGAGGCGGUGAAGAAGAAGCGGGCGCACCAGCGGAAGCGGAACCUCAUCAACAAGCUGAUUCCGGCCUCGAGCCGAUCGAGCACCUCCAAACGAAGCGACGACGGUUUGUCGAUCAGCGAUUUCACCUCCUGCUUGAUCCAGGAGAGCAACAUCACGCUCAGCGUCAAGCUGGGCGAUGGCAGCUUCGGCGUGGUCAAACGAGGCGAAUGGGCCAGUCCUGCAGGCAAAUCAAUUCCCGUGGCUGUUAAGGUGCUGAAAGCGGACACUUUGAAUCAACCGGGCGUGUUCGAGGACUUCAUCAAAGAAGUGCAAGCGAUGCACUGUUUGAGCCACCAGAACCUGGUCAGGUUGUACGGCGUAGUGCUGUCGCAGCCGAUGAUGAUGGUGACUGAGUUGGCGCAGCUCGGCUCCCUGCUGGACUUUCUGCGCAAACAGUGCCAACACACGGCAGUGCCGAUGCUGUGCGAGUACGCCACCCAAGUGGCCAAUGGGAUGGCGUAUUUGGAAACCAAACGGUUCCUGCAUCGGGAUUUGGCCUGUCGCAAUGUCCUGCUGGCCGCUGUUGAUAAGUGAACGGUUCGCUGCGCCAUUUGUCCGCCGAGCGGCAGUUCAGCUACCGCAAGCUGAAGAACCCGGAGGGCGGCACUGAGGAGAGACCGCUGCGCCCGCCGCAGCCCAUUUUAGUGGAUGUGGCGCCCCCUGAGCUCGAUCUCGUCUUACGACGCCCCGAACUCGCCAAUGCGAUCAGUUUACUGGACGAACCCAUCGAUGUGCCGCAAGAGGACGCUUUUGAAGUGACAGCGGCGGACGUCAUUCCGCCACCCUACCAGCACCCGCCCGCCUACUGCAACCUGGACGACCCGUUUGACACAUCCGCAGUCCUCCCGAGCCGCCCUCUGUACUCACGCAUAGCCGCCCCCAGUCUGAGCCUGGAAAGGGAAAUCAUGGAGAAAAUCCAGCAGUACGGCGCCCCCAAGAACCACGUGAUGAGCGACAUUGCCAAUAGGGGCGUGAACUUGCCGCCCUCCACCACUGCGGGGGCGUUGCCCGCGCAGGGCCCCGCCCCCGAUGUGGGCGUGGUCGCCAACAAUCUGGCGCUGAUCAGGUUCGAGGACGCCGCCCCCACUCCCGGUCUGGACAGGGCGUUCCUGGACAAUCUGGAAACGGUGGCAACCGCGCCCGAGGUGAAGCGAGUCAACGAAAGUUCCUACGCGAACCUGACGAACCUCUACGCCAAGGGCAGCAGCGACCUGUACGCGAAAGUUUCGGACAACAAUUCGGCGCGCCAUCAUCAGGCCGACACCAAAGCGAUCGUGAACAAGAUCUGGUUCGAUUCGAACAGUGUGGCGGAACCGGCCAAACGCAACGAAAUCUACGUGGUGAAUUCGGAAUUUGGCGAGUUUAAGAGCAACCGGCGCUACGACUCGGUUUACCAAUCGGUAAGCGAGUUUGGCGACCCCAAAGCCUGCAACCUGUACAACAAUGCGCAGCCAAUCGAACAGAGCUACGCGCAGCAUGAGGCCGCCCCUGGGCGGCUCUACAGCGACGGGGGCGCCGCCCUCUAUCAGGAGAUACCCGACAAUGUGUACAGUCAGGUGCCGGAGGAGGAGCUGCGCCCGCAUCGGCCCGCCCCCACCAAGCCGGCGCUCCUGGGCCAGCCAAUCAGCAUGCAGCAGAUUCAGCGCAAGAUCCAACAGGGCCAACUGAGCGCGGACGCUGAACGGCUGAUGACUCCCGAGUAUCGCAACAGUAAAAUCGGCCAAGUGAGGGAGUGCUGCCCCGAUUGCAGCGCCGACGAAUGUAUGACGGCCCUCCAACAAACCGGCUGGGACGUCGCUUUGGCCCUCAAAAGCCUCAAAAUCGCAGCCCUAUUAAAGUUAGGAUUGGCCGAUCGUACGGGCUGCGAGAUGGCGCUGCAGCGCAGCAACUGGAACCUCGAAUUGGCGGCGUCGGCCAUUUUGGACACGUGACAGCCCUGCAGGGCAUGCGCUGCUUGAACUGUGAUAUGGCUUGAGGAGUUUCAGUCUGUAUUAUGUUUUUUUUCGUUCGUUUUAAUCGUUUACUCACGUUGAAUUUACAAUGUUAGGUUAGGAAAUGUUCUAGUUGGUGGCGCCCUCUGGGCCCGCGUGUUCUUUUGGCUCUCUAAUUUAUUACGUUCUGGUAUUCGAAAAAUGAGUAUUUGCGGCGAAACUUGCCCAGUGAUUUUAGUCUAGAUUUUUUCAAAUAUACUAUUUGACCACCA